AACAAAACAAAACAAAAUCCUUUUAGCAAUUCCAUUUCUCAUUUAUAGGCUCAGCUCAUAGCAUAGCAAGAUUUUCAAAAGGCGUGAGAGAUAUCGAGACAACAUUCGAAGCUACGUGCAUACUCUAGCUUCCAUCAUCAAUAAUUGAGUGGGUUCCGCAGCCAGCCAUGAAUAACAACAAUCCAGAAGAAAGCAACAGUAGCAAUCAAGAUGAGCAGGAGCAAGACAUGGUGAUGCCUGGAUUCCGCUUCCACCCUACAGAGGAGGAGCUCGUCGACUUCUACCUCCGCCGUAAGGUGGAGGGCAAGUCCUUCAAUCUUGAACUCAUCACUUUCCUAGACCUUUAUCGCUAUGACCCUUGGGAAUUACCUGGUCUGGCAGCCAUGGGGGAGAAGGAAUGGUACUUCUAUGUCCCAAGAGACAGAAAAUAUAGGAACGGAGAUCGGCCGAAUCGCGUGACGACUUCCGGCUACUGGAAGGCGACGGGUGCUGAUAGGAUCAUAAGAAGUGAGAGCCACCGCUCCAUCGGCCUCAAGAAAACCCUUGUUUUCUACUCCGGCAAGGCCCCCAAAGGAAUCCGAACCGCUUGGAUCAUGAACGAGUACCGCUUGCCCCUCCAUGAAACCCAACGCCUUCAAAAGGCGGAAAUCUCUCUUUGCCGCGUCUACAAAAGAGCCGGACUGGAAGACCAGCACACGAGAGGUUCGUCUUCUUCGUGUCGAAGAGGUUCAACGGCGAGUAGCAGCAGCGAUAUUGGCAGCAGCACUACCACUUCUCUUACCCUCCCAUUCAUCAAUCCCUUAGCCUCCUCCACGUUUAUCCCACUACAAGAUGACCACCACACAAUUAUGCAACCCAACAACUCUAGUAAUUUAACCACAAAUAUUGGCACCCCCAUCUUUGACAAUGCAUUAGAUGAUCUCCAUAAAUUGGUGAAUUUGAAUUUCUCAAAAGAUGUUGCUACUUCAUCAUCACUACCCAAUCAUGUUUACUACCCUAACGUUAUUGCCACAGAUUUUCUUUCAUACUUCCCUACCUUGCAGCCUCGACCACCACCUGCUACAAACAUCUCGUCUCCGGCCGCCUUCUCGGAUAGACUAAUGUGGGAUUGGAAUGCCAUCUCCGAGUCAAGCAAAGACCUCACCAACCUUUUCAAGUAACCUAGCUAUCACAUUUUAUAAUAUUUAGGUGCCUUGACUUGUGUUAUCAUAUUCCUAAUUAAUUAAGCCAAUAUCAUCAACUGUCCCUUUGAGGACAUCCAAGCGGUGAAACCUUCUUUCUUUGUAUAAAAGAGAGAAUGGUUUAGAGUUUAAUCCCCAAUUCCUCACCCUUCCCGUACCCAAAAUGGAAAAAAAAGAAAUCUAGGGUUCAAUCCUUGAAAAAAAUGUUGCUCUAAUUAAUGUGUUAUUUGUUGCUUUAAAUUGUAACCGCCGACAGCUUAUUCAAGACAUAUAUUUGGAGUAAAAUAUUUUUGUUUAUUAAUUUUUGGGUUUUUGAUGAGUUGAUAUGUAUUUGUAAUAAUUAAUCGAUAAUGUAAUCAGCUUUAUUAA